UCAAAACGCCGUCGACGAUGCAAAGUCGUCAAGCGCGUUGGGCCAAUUAAAAGAAAAAAUAGCAAAAGGAGAAGGAAAAAAAAAAACAUAAAUAAAUAUAGCAUAUAACAAAUAACAUAUACCAAAUUUUAUAUAGUUUAUAAAGUUGUGUUUGGGUGCGUAAGAUAUAUAAUCUUGUACUUGUUGUUUCUGAUACUUGUUGCUGUGCAAUCAAAAUCCGGUUUUCGAAACAUAUUCAACAAAUGGAAUUUGUUUACUGUGCUGUGUGAAGAGCGAACGGAAAAUAGAACUUGAUAAAAAUACACAAAUUGUGUUCCAUAUUGGCAAAUUUGUAUUUUGAGAUACACACAGUGGCUCACACACAAAUCGCACACAAUCCAAAUCCGACACUGAAAAGGAGAACACAGAAUUACAACAAUAAUGCAAAGCGAUAAGAACGAGGCUGUGCCGAGUGUGCCGCUGGCAGAUUUCAUUGUGCCGCCGGAUCCGCAGCAGGAGGAACCAAUUCUGAAGCUGGCCGAGCCCCCCACAAUGAGUGAAACACCCGUGAGCAACCCUGCAACAAGAACAACAACAGCAACAACAGCAGCAACUGUAAAUGGCAAUGCUACAAAUCAAGUUGUGGCCAGUUCACGCAACAGCGAUGAGAAUAGCAUCUUCUCGAUGAUAUAUACGGUGGUCAAGAAGGUGGCCAUCGUCGGCUCCAUAUAUCUGGUCGGCUACAUGGGCUGGUCUGUCGCCUGGCUAAUUGCCCCAGUCAUUUUCUCUGUGACCCGCGAUCAGCUGGGCAAGACGUCGGAGAAGAAGCGCGACAUUGCCAAGGCAUCGGCCCUCGCCUCCGAGAAGGAUGUGAUUCUGGCACGCAUCGAUGAGCUGCCCGCCUGGGUCUACUUUCCCGAUGUGGAGCGCGCCGAGUGGCUAAAUAAGAUACUGAAGCAGGUGUGGCCCAAUGCGAACCAUUUUGCCCGCACCAUCGUCAAGGAGGUGGUUGAACCAAAUGUGGCACUGGCACUCUCGCAGUACAAGAUGAAUGGCUUUCGAUUCGAUCGGAUCAUAUUGGGCACGAUUCCGCCACGCAUCGGUGGCGUGAAGAUCUACGACAAGAACGUGGACCGCAAUGAGAUUAUUAUGGACCUGGAUUUGUUUUAUGCCAGCGACUGUGACAUUAACUUCUACUUGGGUGGCAUGAAGGGUGGCAUUAAGGAUUUCCAGAUACACGGCUGGGUGCGCGUUGUGAUGAAGCCACUGAUACGCUCCAUGCCGCUGGUGGGCGGACUCCAAAUAUUUUUCCUCAACAAUCCGAAUAUCGAUUUCAAUUUGGUUGGCGUGAUUGACUUUAUGGAUAUGCCCGGACUAUCGGAUCUGCUGCGUCGCAUCAUUGUCGAACAGAUUGGCAAUGUGAUGGUGCUGCCCAACAAGCUACCAAUAUCGCUGAGUGAUGAAAUCUCAGCUGUCUCGCUCAAAAUGCCCGAACCGGAGGGAUUGUUGCGCAUACACGUCGUGGAGGCAAAGAAUCUGAUGAAGAAGGACAUCAGUGUGCUGGGCAAGGGUAAAUCCGAUCCGUAUGCGAUUAUCAAUGUGGGCUCUCAAGAAUUCCGGACGCAGAUCAUCGAUAACAAUGUGAAUCCCAAGUGGGAUUAUUGGUGCGAGGCGCCAGUUUUUAUUGAAAUGGGUCAGUGGGUCGACAUGCAAUUGAAGGACUCGGAUGACUCUAAGAAAGACGAGAGCCUCGGCAGAGCAUCUAUCGAUAUAGCCAGCGUGAUCAAGAAGGGCGUUCUGGAUACUUGGCUAACCCUCGAGGAUGCCAAGCAUGGCGAUCUGCAUGUGCGUCUGCAGUGGUAUAAACUUACCGCCGAUCCCAAUGAUCUGCAGCAGAUAUUGUUGGAGACGAAACUGCUGCGUGUGAGCACCAUGAGCUCAGCGGUUCUUAGCGUUUUCAUUGACUCGGCCAAGCAUCUGAAGCAAGCACGUGCCAACUCCAAGCCCGAUCCGUAUCUGGUGUGCAGCGUCAAUAAGCAGAAGAAACAGACGGCGAUGAUUUUCCGCGAUGAUUCACCGGUUUGGGAACAGGGAUUCACUUUUUUGGUUAGCAAUCCGGAGAACGAGUGCUUGAACAUUAAGAUCUAUGACCAGAAGACUGGCAACGAUAUCGGCCAAUACACGUACACACUCAGCACCUUGGUCAAGCAGUUCAACAUGGAGAUCAUACAGCAGCCGUUCCAGCUGCAAAUGUCUGGACCCGAGUCCAAGCUAUACAUGUCACUAUCUUUGCGCAUCUUGAAGGCUGGUGAGAUUGACAAUGAAUCCGAUGCCUUGGAACAGGUGGCAGCACUCAAGCGCAGCACUUCCGUAAAGACGCCCGACAUCCCGGCACUGACCCAUCAGGUCUCCAAGGAUGAUCAGGGGAAGAGCAAUCGACUCGCGGCAGAAUCACCGAUUAGCGAGGAGGUGGAGUCCAGCAUGAGUGCGCCAAUGAUCUCAGCGUCCGCAUCGCUGGAGAAGCCAAUUAGCGAGGUUGUCAGCACGAUGCUGACACAUCGCAUGCCCGAUAUAGCCACAACAUCGGGAGAGCAUGGUCGGGGUCGCAUACAGCUGUCGAUAACGUAUUCGGCACAGCGACAGAAGCUCGAUGUGACCAUACAUAAGAUAAUGAAUAUACCGUUGCGCGAUCCGAGCAACAUACCCGAUCCAUAUGUGAAAUUGUAUUUGCUGCCUGCACGCAGCAAGGAGUCCAAGCGCAAGACCGGCGUCAUCAAGGACAACUGCAAUCCCGUCUAUGAUGCAUCCUUUGAGUACCUCAUCUCGAUUUCGGAGCUCAGGCAUACGGAACUCGAGGUUACCGUUUGCAGCCAGAAGGGUUUUCUAUCCCACGGCAGUCCCAUCAUUGGCAUGCUGAAAGUUCAAUUGGAUGACAGCGAGAUUACAACGCCCAUUGGCCUAAAGACUUGGUUCGAUCUGGAGCCAGAGUCGAAGCACGAAUAAAUUAGUAACUGGACAUGGAGCGAUGGGGAUGUGGUUCCAGAAUCUCAGACAGCACAAUCAACUGAAUAUUGUAAAACAUUUUUUGUAAUUGUAAUUGUAAUUGUAAUGUGUAGAAACGAGUGUAUUUUUAAUUUCCAUAAAUUAACACUGGUUGGCCUUUCAA